UGCCGCGCGUGGCCUGGAGACUGAAGCGCGUGUGAUUGAGCGGAAGGUAGAUUUUUCGGUUGGUUGAUUUUCAAAAGGAGCUCCUUUUGACGCUGGGCUUUGAUGAAAAUGAAGAGUGGCUUCGAAAGGGAAGAGGUGGUGGACAUGGCACAUAGAGUCAAAGACACCAUUUUCAAUAGGCUCACUCCACCCAAAUUCCAGCACUUGAAACCUCUUUCUGUAUAUUCAAGGAUGAUCACUUGUGACCCAAAGGCCAGUGUGCAUUGCCCGAAAAUGUUUUGUAAUCCAUUUAUUAAUUUUAAAAUUGAGGUAGUGAAUAAUUGCGCUGCAAAAAGGAAAUUAGAUGAUUCCAGUCCCGAUGAUGGUUAUGAGACUCCAGCAAAAAAGGCCUCUAGUCCAAAGGCUUUGUCCCCAGACGACGGGUGUUUCAUGGAAUAUUGCAGCUCUCCUGCAACACAGGAUUCUGUGUCACCUUUUGCCGUCUCUAAGCCUGCAUUGUUGGAUAAGAAACAAGCUAUUUGGGGUGAAAUAAAAGAAACUGAGAGCUCUCAGCUACACUCUGAGCAUGUGGAACGUGGGUCUUCAACAGAGACAGGUGAUAGUAAGGGGACUGGACCACAAAGUUUGAAGUUUGAGAAGUUCCUCUUAAAUUCGGCACCUGCCUUUGACUGUGAUGUUGACGACAUCUUGUGCCUCAAUCCCUUUGGUAUUUGUACUGCUGGAGGAUUGUCUGAUAAUGUCGAGAGCUGCAAAAGUCCAAGUAGCAACCCAUUUCAAAAAAAGCCAGUCUUAAUUUCCACUGUGGCACACAGACAAGAGUUAGAGAGAGGAGAUGGGCGAGUGGGGAAAGGACAAGAGGAGCUGAAGAAAGUCGUGUGUGAGAAUGUAAGAGAUGUAGAAGAGGACAUAGGUUAUAUCUCCAUGUCCUACAAAAAGGAAUUAGGAAAGGACCCCUCUGAUUCAGUAUGCACUCAGUGCCAUCCAGCUACCUCGAGCCCCAUGUUCAAGAUAGGUGAUGUUAAAGCACCAGAUGAUGAGCGCCAUGCUGAAAGUUCUUCUAAGACAGAUUGUCAUAAACAAGCUGCUUUGUCCGGACAGCACGUUUCCUUUACAGUCAGUGAUUCGUGUCUUGUUGUAAGUGAUCCGCUGUUGGAGUCUGUGAACUCGCCUGUGGAGCUUUUAGAUGGAGAUGUUGAAGAGGAGUGGAAUAUUGGCCCCCCACGUUUGAAUCCUCAGUGUGUCACAGUGUCACAGUGAAGUUGAAUGCCGGUAGUGAACCGAGUAGACAUGCGUCAGAGGAGAUGCAGGGAGGUUUGAGUGAGUCUGUUAAUGAGUGUCAGGCCACACUUGGAGAAGACGACACACUAGACACCAGUUAUGAAACUACGUUACCUCUACAAGUACAGGUGAAAUCAGUUGUGGUUGAUCCCAGUCAGCACACCUCCAGCAGUAAACCAGUUACGCCUCCUCUGUCAGAGCACAACGCCAAGCCAAGCCCAAAGGAGAACAGAGGCCUUGUGAGGAGACAAAGGCCGGUGAUCUUCGACAGGGAGGUGGACUGGGAGCGUGAGAAACGGUUGUAUGUCCAUUCGGUCACCAGACACAUAAAUGAGAAAUCAGGAUCAGGCCAAGAUGUCAUGGCUGAGCUGAUGAACCUGAUGACCCAUGUGGCUGACCAGACACCGGACACAAAUGGCAGACAGUGGCAGCAUCCCUCUGACCUCACACGCAGAAACUACCAAAGACGGUUUGGAAACAUGACGCCAACAAUGGCCCUCUGUGAAUGGCAGGCCAAGAAUUUUACAGCACACAAGCGCUUUGCCAAGGUCCCAAAAAUCUUUGAAAGAAGUCCAUUUCCCUAAAUUAGGCGUUGUGGAAUCUUCUUGUGAACAGAUGGCACUUAACUUCUUAAGAGAUCUUAAGUUGUACCAGGUAUGAAGUGGGCCUCAGAUCAAUGUUUGCACUAGUUUUGCUUAGUUGAAUUUGUGGUGUUUAUUUUUGGUUUGUCAGUUUGAGUGUUCCUCUGUAUUUUUCUUUUGAACUAUGCAUGUAUGUGUAUAUAAAAAUUAAUGCAUGUUUUGGUGUUAUAAUACUGACCUUUAGUGCGUUGUCUUUUUACUGUAAGAACUAUGCCUGUUUUAAUGUGAAUAUAAGUAUGUCUUGUACUUCCAAGUUUAACAUUUGUACUUUUUGUUGUGAGUGCCAGCGUAUUCCCUGCUCAUGGUUUACUUCCUCUGGAUAUGAUGCAAACAGUCCAGACCUAUACUGACAUGUUUCUCAACUGUUCCUGUUAAUUUCUUUCCUCUUAUACAUACAAUAGCCUCCCAUCAGUUUUUGUGGAUGAUCCUUCAAAUGACAGCAGCUAGCAGAAUAGAAAAUGAUAAAUGUAUAAGUUUAGGAGGCAUGUUGGAUUACAUUGUAUCAAGUGUUCCUGUUACGUUGUCCACCCUUGUACAUCAAGCCUCAUGUGUGGAUCAGAUGGGAGAUGUUGGUUUAAGGUGUAGUGCAGGGCAAAGCUGAGUAGAUGAUUAUGAAAGUCUGGAAAUGUUUACCAAGAGGUUUUAGUCCAGUCAUUCAUACAAACCUCUAGAGAUUUAUGUAAGCAGGCAUUUCUGCAUGUUUAACUCAAGACUGAGGAAACAAACAAAUAUUGGAUUACUUCUUUUUACAACAUGACAUUCAGCAUAUCUUUGAAUUUAUAAUGUGAUAUAAUGUUUUAGGCAGGCAGAAUUUGUUUAAGUUUUGUGCUCCAUACAUUGGCAUGGUGUUAGAUGGAAGUGUUUAUUAAGGUCAGUGCACCCAUAUCAUAUGAGCAUUUUUCAACCAUACCCUAAGUUGUAAUGGGGGAAUGUGUCCGUUAAUAAUGUCCUGGCUAAUAUGGAUUUUCUCAGACCACUGGCCAUUUUUAACAACUUUUAUUAUAUCUAAUAAAAUAGGAAAUCUGUUCACAACAAAGUCUGUCAAUUAUCCAUAACAAUCCAGAAACCCUGCUUUUCAGGUUUUCAAAAGUAAUUUUGUGAGGACCACAAACAAAAUUCCUUUGUACCUUCUUUUUGGGGUGUCAGCAGAAGUUUUAGUUGUGGAUAUUUAAAAACCUGCCACUAAUGUAAACACUACCACUAGGGGUUAAAUGGUCAAAUGUUUUUAGUGAUUUGUGUGAACUGACCUUUUUAAUUAUAGAGCAGCAGUGACCACAAUGUACACCCAGCUUUGGUUAAACCCAUUGUAAGAAAAGUGUAAGUGCCACUGAGUGGAGAACUCUGUCCAUGGAGUCAGAGCAGGGCUGUUUGUGUGAGAGCGAGGCAGUGCUGUUGAUGAAGUACUCAAAAAUAAAGCCCACUCUGUUCAAUUUA